AUGGCCACAGUAACCUCCUGGAGGGGAAAUACGGAGGUGGUCACUGCUAGAAGGACUGAGUCACGCGAUGUCCCAGACAUUGUCACCCUCUUCAGCCCUGUCACAGAAGACCUCUUCGGAAGAAUUGAUGUCACUUACCUUUUAGGAGUAUCAAAUCUUGCUUUGACACUCUGCAAUGAGAAGAACGAGGUUCUAGCCCAUGCUGCCUUUCUGGACUAUCCGAAUUGGAAUAUCACUGAUCAGGCUGAAUGGGAACCAUUCCUGCAUGAAAACUACACUAACAAUAAGUGCACUCCUUUGAACACUCUCUUUGUGCAUCUCUUUGUGGCAAAGGAAGAAUAUGCAGCUGGAUGUUCCCAAGAAAUUGUUAGGAGAGCUUUCAUCUUACUACCAGAACUGCAGUUUAUACUUCUCUUUAUACCAUCUGAGGAGAGGUUAGAGCUGGCCAUGGGGAACGUGUUUGAAAGGAUGAUGCCUGCUCCCAGCUCACGCAUGGAGAGAGGUUUCACCUUGCUGGCGUGCCCCAGGCAUCGGUGUCACCCCCAGCUGUAUGUGCGCCAAGCAAGGAUGGAAGAUUAUGAUGAUCUCAUGCUAAUCUGGAUGCCUCAAAGUGAGACUCUGAAGGAAACCUAUGGUGAAUAUCUCCUUGUUGAUCUCAUAGAACGUGAAGGUGAAGAAAAUCAGGCAGCUGUUUGUGAGGUUGAUGGCACUGCUGUAGGAUUCAUGAGCUUAUGUUCUCACGUGAAUAUUUCCUUGUUUCAAGAGUGUUUUGACUUGGGGCCUUUCCAUGGACUCUGUAAACCACAUCCAGAGGAUAUUCUCGAAGUGCCACGGAAGCCAAGCGUUCAAGGAGAUAAAGAUGAAAGCAGCCAAACAAGUCCAAAGGCAGAGCCUGUUUCUUCUCAGGACUUGGAACGCGUUCCUGGUGCAGAUGCAGCUGUGCAGGAGGACGGAGCAGUGGCCGUUUCCCAGACUGAAGUGCCUGUGGGUGAUACCAGCAACACAGGCUCUAAGGGCUCAGCAGCACCUCUCCUGGAGACUGAGGAGGGGGAUUUGCACCCCGUGUACAGAGGAGACCCAAAUGUCUUCUGUAUCCGUCUGUUCUUUAUCAAUGAGAAGUAUGAAACUAGGUCACUGGAUUUUUUGCAGUAUGCUUUCAGCGUUUUCCCAGACAGAGACCUGUGUGUCAUCCUGGUGCCACAUCACGUCCCAGAGUUCCCUCUGCUCCAGAGCUUUGUUCGGGCUGUCCCUUCCUGCACUUCCAGGCUGGGUCGGGAGCUGUACGUGUUCCACCGGGCGGGAUUGCUCACGUCAUUUAAUGUAAGAAAAGCAGCAACCAGUGACUUACAGGGUGUCAAAAAGCUCGUUGAAACUCUUAGCUUGAAUGAAAAGAUAUGGAGCGACUCAAAGAUAUUCACUGAGGCUCGCAGGGAUCCAGAUGGGAUGCCAGUACAGGCUUUUGUAGCAGAAGUUUUGGAUCAAAUCGUUGGUGUUUCUGUCACUAGGGAUGAAAUGGAUAUUGAGUAUAUUAGAUCACAUUACAACAUUGAGGAAUUCAUUCAUUUUAAUCACCACCAGCAAGAGGAACAUGGACAUCUUUGCCACUUUGUCUUGAAUCCUGUAUUUCAUCACUAUACAAAAUACUUCCUAAAGGAGAUUCUUCGCUUGGGUCACAAAUCUUCUCUUUACUACCCUAUUUAUCCAGAAUACGUGGAGGCCCAGUUCCAGCGUCCCCGUGCCCAUUCCCUGACAUCUGCCCUUCAUUACAUGGCUCCCGUGCGGCCGAGACGACAGAUUGUCUAUCCUCUGCGAGAGCUUGGCGCGAGCGCUCCGUCGGAGCAGGUCUCCAAGGAUCAGCUGAAAUAUUCUUUGAACCACACAAAUCGAAAACUGGUGCUGGAAUCAAAAGUGUGUAUCAACAGUAGAAUCGUGGUGGUUGGUGCAUCCGAUGUUGGAAUCUCUUUUCUGGAAACGCUGGUUUUUUGGCCACGUCUGAAGUUCAACAACCUGACCUUGAUUUCCAUUCAUGGCCUUCCAGGAAAAGACCCACAGAGCUCCAAGUAUAGAAGAUUUUUAAUUAACAGCCACUGUUUUAAUGAUGACGAUUAUGCACAGAUGUCACUUUGUUCCUGGGUCAGUGUUGUGGUUGGUAAAAUGACGAGCAUAAACCGCAGUGCCAAAUACGUUGUUGUUUCCAAGGAGAAGAAAGUGCCUUACGACUACCUGGUUCUGUGCACGGGACAGAGCUACCAGGCCUUGGCCCCCACAGGAGCACAUAGCACUGAAGUCACGAGUCAGUGGCCGCAGAGAUACACGGAGAAAGUCCCUUCCAACCACUUCACUCUCAACAACGCCCAGGACUGCUCGGAGGCAGCACGCUGGCUGCAGGAAAACCUCGUCAGCUCCAGAGGGAACGUCAUUGUCUAUGGGAAUACAAUUGACAUUUACACCACGGUAGAAGCCCUCUUAUCCCUUGGGAUUGAUGGCUCCUGCAUCCAUCUCGUGCGGGCUCCGCUCAGCUCUGCCGGUCCGUGCCUCGGGGACGCCGCCCUGGAGCGUGUGGUGGGGGAUGCCCUGGCACAGGCAGGGGUGGCUGUGUACCCUGACAGCGUCCUGGCAGAGUGGGGCCAGGAUGAGCACGGCCACAUCGCCUGGGCUGCCUUCAAACCGCUCGAGAGCGCUGCCACAGAGCCGCUCCGCCUGCCCUGCUCAGCAUUUUUUAGCUUUGCCUACAGGACACUGGAUUAUGAAACCUUUAAGGCCAUCAGUGAUGCUUGCCUUGUUUUUGAUGGAAGACUUGUGAUUGAUGCCAAAUUCCACACCAAUGAUGCCAGCAUCAGGGCAGCAGGUCCCCUGACAAAGUUCUCCAGGAGAUACUUCAGGGAUGAUGUGACACACAGCAACUUCAACUCCAAGGAGAUUGGCUUUGAGCUUGCUGCUUCCAUGCUGAGUCUCUUUGAUCCAAGCCCUCAGCCCAGUUCUGAGCCACCAGAAGGCUCAGACAGACUCCUCCCUGUAUACAGAAGGUGUAAAGUUCAAGGUGGUGUUCUUCCUGGAGGUUAUAACUACUUGCACAUUUCCAAGCCUGGAAUCCCUGUGCCCUUGGAUGUAGAACAUGACCCGUGUGAUCACGGCAUGGAGAUCGUGACCGGGGACGCUGCUGCCGGGAAUUACUUCAGGAUGCGCUUGAGCAGAUACAGGAUGGUGGAGAGCAUCACCUGCUUUGCCAAGGAACCCUUCCCUGUCCCCAACUACAUCUGCUUGUACGGCCAGCACGAGCGCCUGCUCAAUGACCUGUGCUACCGCUGGAGGGCCGGGCAGCUCUCAGACCUCUACAGCUACUUCAGGGAACCUUGGUCCAUGGCCAUCUAUCACGAUCGGUUUAUUGAUCUGCAGAAGGAACUGCGCCAAACCCUGAUGUCAGAACAGGUGGCCGGCCAGAGCCCCGAGCACAAACCCGGCCCAAAGCCGGCAUUCCGGGAGCCCGUCCUGCGCUACCUGCGCCAGCACCGCGCCCAGCUGCCCAUGUACGCCCCGACCGACCUCUACAGACUGCCGGCUGCAGACACCGACCGCGGCGUGCGGGAGCGCGGGGAGCGGGCACCCCCUCUGCCCGACGCGCAGCGUUUGGGGCUGAAACCGAGCGCCGCCGUCGCCGUCCCUCGCCUGUUCCGGGAACCGGGCCGGACCCGUUAG